AUGGAUGCUUUUUGGAUUUUAGGAUUAUCACUCGCUGUUUACGGCAUCGCUUUAUACCUCGGAAGCGCUGUCCGUCGAAGGCAACUCGUGCAGCAGACAUGUGUGCUGGACAUCGACACCCUGGGACUCAGGCUACCUCGCGAGAAAAUCAAGGGGACGGCUGUUAUCUGUGGCGGAAGCAUCGGGGGUCUUCUGGCAGCCCGAGUAUGUCAUGACCACUUUGACGACGUUGUCAUCGUCGAACCAGAGGUGUGGAUGAAUACGUCGGAUGCAACGCGGGUGGAUCCGUGGAAUCAACAAGGCAAGCGCUCGCGAGUUAUGCAGUACGACUCGUUGCAUGUCAUUCUACCUAUGGGAUACAAGAUCUUGUCUAAACUGUUCCCAAACAUCGAAGAACAAGGAAAAGCAUCUGGCAUCAAAGUAGGCCCUUGCUACGCGCGCAUUCAUUUUUGGGGAAAUGAUGCUCGGAUGCCAGACGCAGAAUAUGGAGGUUCCCUUCCCAAGACAGUAUAUGCUGGUCGCACCGGUAUCGAGACGUUUCUGCGCCGUUUAGUUCUGGGCGGGAAUUACAAGAAUAUUCGCCAAGUUAUCGGGACAGUCACUGGUGUUUCUCGAAACGCUCAUAGUCCCGAUUCCAUAGACCAAAUUACGGUCCGUACUGUUGAAGGUAUCAAAAAUAUUCCAGCUACUCUCGUUAUCGAUUGUACAGGUGCCACUGCUGCAGGCAUGAAAUGGCUCCGACGAGAGGGGUAUGGGUUCGCUGACAGAUACGGCCGGAACCAGCUACCUCUCGACGAACUAAAGAUUGCCUAUGACCAAAAGCUUCAUUAUACUACACUCCAAUUUCGCAUCACGCCUGAGCUUGGAAAGAAGUUACCUGGCCUCCCGGUUCCGUACGACGAAUGCUGGGGAAUUUAUAACAAUUCGACGGAUCCCAGUAAGGAGAACCGCUGUGUAUAUUCUCAACGUGUGGAUGGAAACAUCAUACAAAUUUGUUUCAGCGCCAUGGGUGAAUGCGAACUUCCGAAGACCCUUGAGGAAGCGAAGGCAUGCGCUCGAUCUCUGGUCACCGAGAAGCCUAUCCCUGAGACGUUCUUCCAAAUGCUCGACAUGCUUGACGAAGUGAAGGAUACCAUGACUUGCAGCAAAGUUCGUUAUCCCGGUUCCAGUUAUAUUAGAUAUGAAAGUGCCGUCAACUUGCCGACGAAUUGGAUUGCUAUGGGCGACAGCGUCAUGAGGGUCAACCCGGUCUAUGGGCAAGGGUGCUCAAAGGCUUUUUUCGGUGCUAUUUGUCUGCACAAGUUGCUCAUGAACUCAACGACGAUACCAAGAGAUUUCUCAAAGAAAUACUUCAGUAUCCACGCAGAUAAGAUUAAACCACUUUGGGAGUCACUCAAGGCCGGAGAUUAUUCUUUCCCGACGACAGUUCCACUUCCUGGAGAGACAUUAUCUGAGGGCUCAUGGCUUCGAUGGUACCUAAAGAAGUUGACCGUUCUCUCUUUCACUGAUGACCAAGCGGGUUCAGCAUUAUGGCAUAUCAGAUCGCUCCUCGCUCCGCCUAUUGAUGCGUUGCAGCCAGGGCUGAUACUUAAAGUGUGCUUGAGUCUUAUCAGAGGGUAA